AUGGCCGAUGCACUUUGCGGCCCAGCAAAUCCCCUCCAGUCCUUUAAGAAUCACUCCCAAGUCGACCGCAGUCUCCAGCAAGAUCGGACCGUUGGCGCAAGGCAUCUCCCUGCACAGGGAUUCCGUACCCCAGAUCCACGAGCAGGUUCUCUAGACGCUGAGCUUGCCGCUUUCGAGGCUGGCUCUCAGCAACCUUUGUACCAUCAACAGCCGCUGUUUGCUUCUCAUCUACAUUCCGAGACUUCUCAGUCACUUCCUCAGCCCUACCAACAAAAGGGACACUCUGCGCCUCGAUGGGCAGCAGACUUUCAGAAUCUAUAUUUGGGUUCAGCUCAAGGUCAACCUAUUUCGCAGAACCAAUUUCGACCUGAAGCGCCUCUGAUGCGGCCGAAUGUUGAAAGAGCUGCAGGCGGAUGGCGUGAUGAUUUCAUGCGACGACAGCAACAAUACUCUUUUAGCAGUUUGAACGGAGCACAGCCCAUGAGGUCUCAGAUGGCCGGUCUUGGCUACAUGCAGAGCCAGCCAAUGUCGCAGUAUUAUUUUGCCCAGCAGCAGCCAGGGAUCUAUCAAGAGUUGCCUUCCUCCUCGGUAGAAGAGGUGCGUCAGGGAGCAUACCCUGAUAUAGCACACAGCGCAGCCUUCGAAGCUGCUUUUGCGCAAGCAGAAGGUGCCUAUGUAUCUAAAGAGAAAGAGACACAAUCAGAUCUGUCCAACUCAGAAGUAGUAGCAGGCGUCCGGCUCGACCCCAUCUUCAAUAAUCAAAGCUCCGACCUCAACAGAAGUCAACCCACCACUCUCGAACCACCCGAACAGACCCCAAUGCCAAAUUUCCUCGAACAGGAAGACCUACCAAUGCUCAUCGGCUCUGACUCCAUAUCCUACAACGACCACGAAAUGACACGAAGCGCCGAGCAAAACAGCCGCAAUGCCGACGAGCUCGCCCGCACAGCCGGUCGACUACUCAACUCCAUGGCUGGGGAAACAUCUCCCAAGUUCGAGCAAUCUCAGUUCCUGUCCCUGAUGCGCAAGAUCCGAGACGGCCAAGUUGUAGUGCGAGGCGACGAUUUUCACGAGAUAGACAAGAGUGCCGAUACAACCAGAAAUGAGGUCUCGGAAAAUGCGCCACCACCCUCGGCUUCUGCAUCCAUGAACCCACCAGGAGAGGUGCAGGCAGGGCGGCGAAACGACGCUUUGGCUGAUUACCAGAACCAACUGCUAGCGCUGCAAGAACAGAAUGAACGACGGGACUUCAGGGCAAGGGGCGGGAAUGAUGAACCCAUACGAGAGGAGACACGAUCAGGAGAAGUAUGGGGUUCAAGGUCGGAGGAGGAGAUUGCCAGAGCCCAGGAGGAUGUUCAAGCGUUACAUCCGGGCGGGAGUGGAUAUCCUAUGCCUGCUCGAGCACCGCGGUCGCCCGAGAUGGAGGAUAAGCAUAGGUAUGAUCAUUGGGCCAGCGGUGGGAUUGGGAUCGAAGACGACGAGGGGAAUGAGGAGAAUCACGGGUUGGCCGGCAGGUUUAGCAAGGUGACCGUUCGGGAUGAAGGUGAUGAUGCUCGACUUAAUGGGGUUUGA